GAGGAGCAGAGUGGGGUGCGAGUGGGAAGCACCCACUUUUCUCCAGAUGAGGAGGCAGAGAAGCGCCGGAGGAUCGUUCUGACAAUCGAGCUGUUUUGCUUCAACGCCGCGUUCUGUCACGUCGGAUCGAAACCUCGAGGGUCGAAGGCGUGGCUUGGUGUCACGGAGCCUCUCGACGUUACACACACACACACGAGCGCAUCUGUGAGUCGGACGCGCGGAAGAGGCGGCUUCUCCGGGAAGGACAUAUUGCAACCUGAGUGGAGUCUCCGGGGUCUGAUCCCAUUACCUCUGGACUGCAUUUGAAGCUCCUUCCAAGUGUCCACAAUGGGUUCAAACCCGAAACGGACAGUGACAGUGCAGAUGGUUCCUCAGCUGACUGCCGUGGACUCACUGGGCAACAAGGAGUCCAACGCCAACUGGGCCAAUGAGUCCAACCGUAAGCUCCCUCAGGUCUGUUCGGAUCACACGCAGGCAUCGAAGACUGCGUCCCAAAGUCAAAACGCAGCUCCCGUCGGCAGCGAGGCUACGGCGAGGGCGUCGAAUGGAAACAAUGGGAGCGCGGACGGUAAAGUGCAGCGGAGCUCAGUGACUGCUGAUGAGCCAGGGGGCGCCGACACGGAUUCUAAUGCAAAUAUCAGACCGUUGGGUCUCGGUGAGAACUGUGACGUCUCCAAUUCUGGCGUGUCGGAGGCGGAUACGAGGUCCCGGAAUCACACAGAGGCAAACUGCUCAUCGAAACACAAUCUUAAUCAGGCUUAUGAUUUCAAAUGUGCAGAUGACAAACUCAAUAAAGAGGCUCGGUCAGAGUCGGAGCAUUUACAAAGCUGCCCCCCAGGAGCGUCGCAGCACGAGCAGAAGAGCGCACCUUCAGCUCUGAUCAGUUCAAGCAGCCCAGGAGCAGAGAAGGACGUUGGAACUGUGAAUUCCUUACAAGCCUCUUCAGAUAAGCGUCAGCUGCAGAUGGAUUCCUCCGCUUCGCCGCAGGCUGUGAAAGACACGGCGACCAAGUGCAGCCAGAGUGCAGCUGUCGGUGAAGGUCAGCCGCUCUUCAGGGAGGCUUCCACGAUGACCUCAUCUCCCUGCUCUGCAACAGUCAAGCAGUGUCAAGACAUGGAGGUCCAGGCGGUGGCGAACAUGUGCAGCAAAUCUGUCUGCACAAGUCCGAGUCUGAUGCCAGCCGCGCACAAGCCUGGUCCUGCUGCAGUCCCAGAGGAGGAGGCCGAGAGCCUGACUAUUAUCCACCAGCUGCAAGAUGGUGCUCACUUUGCUUCUCCGUCUGCGGAGCCACAGUCAGACAAGGUGACUGUUAAAGCAGAGAUGUGCGUAAAGUCAGCUCUUUGCAACACACAGCCGGUUUAUCAGAUCGAUAUACAGCACAGCAAGGAUGCUGGAGCAGAGGAGAGCGCUGGGAAUAAGACUGUGGAAGCCCCCUCUGCUGAAUCAGGAGACGCCCCGAGGACGACACCUGAAGCGGCUCCUGUGGACGGGGACAAGGCAACGGUGAGAUCCUCAGAGGCCGCCGUCGCAACAUCAGGGAAAAACUCGACAAAAGACAAGACUGAAUCCAAAGAGACGAAUUCGGACUCGGACAAACAGAAGGAAAAAAGCAUUCACGACGUAGUGUGGGACGAGCAGGGCAUGACCUGGGAAGUCUACGGCGCGUCCGUGGAUCCAGAAUCGCUGGGGUUCGCUAUCCAGAGCCACUUGCAGUGCAAGAUAAAGGAGCAGGAGAGGAAGCUUAUCGCCCAGGUCUCUUUUCGGAAAUCCUUCUCCGGCGCCACCUCGCCCAAGAACAGCAAGAAGAGCAAGCGACGGCAUCAGAACAUUUUCCGCUCCAUGUUCCAGAACCUCAGGCGGCCCGACUGCUGCGCUCGCCCUCCCCCCUCUUCUGUCGCCGACUAGGACUCCUCCUCACCAAGCAGCUGUCCUCAAGUGACUCACUUAAUAACGUCAAUCCUUGUACUCAUCGUACGGAAUGUUGUAGAGUAGAGCUGAAAUAUUCGUGUGAUCAAAGGAGAUAUGAAGUAGCAAUAUUAAAAAAAGCUUAUUUUUUAGCGUAGAUAGGAAAGAGAAAGACACUUUUGACGCCCACCGGCGAUAGUAGUGAAACGCAUGUGCAUUAGUGACCUUAAAUGGACCUUUGCGGUAAAAAAAUUCAUAAAUAUAUACAUAUAAAUAUUGUGUCAAAGUACCUGCUUAUUAAACCAUCAACAUUUGGUAAACGUUCCGAGGUGUUUUGGAGACUUAUAUUUAUAAGAUUGCUUUAUUUUAUUUUCUAUAGUGAGCAUCAACGACGAGACCACGUGCACACUCUUUAAAAUUCCUGUCAU